AUGCAGAACCAGCCACUCAGAAUCAAGCUCCUGGUAGAAGGCGCCACCGCCCCUAGGCAGGUCCACUCCACCAAUGCUGGGUACAAUCUCUUCAGUGCCAUUGACACUGUCAAUGGCAUUGACAUUGGUGCUGGUGUUGUUGAUGCUGGUGAUUGUGGUGGUGUGAAAGCACUCGUCUUCAACCACAACAAUGAGGACUUUGUCAUUGCCUGUGGUCAUUGUAUUGCUCAGCUCAUCCUGGAGUGCAUUGUGACGCCUGAGGUUGAGAUUGUGGGUGAUCUUGACGCCACCAAUUGUGGUGCAAACUGA